AUGGCCUCAAAAGAAAGCGAGAUGGCAACGACUGUCGAUCAUGAAGAACUGCAUUCAGACCUGGAUGUGGUAGACAACCAUGGGGUUGGGAAAGAAAAGACAGAUCCCUAUGUGGCAGACUCCGGGAUUGAAAUCGAUGCGGCCACGGACCGACGGCUUUUCUGGAAGAUCACUCGGCGGGUCCUUGUUAUCCAGGUGAUUACCUACUUCUGUCAGUCCCUGGAUAAGGGCAUCUUGAAUUAUGCCUCUAUCAUGGGAAUUAAGAACGAUACACACCUCGUGGGCCAGCAGUAUUCAUGGCUAGGAACAAUUCUCUACAUUGGUAUCCUAGUUGGCGAGUAUCCGCAAAACUUGCUCCUACAAAAGCUCCCUGUCGCAAAGACAUUGGCUGUCAAUGUUUUCAUCUGGGGAGCUGUUGUAGCGUGCUCGGCGGCAUCGACCAAGUUCGCCUCCCUCAUGAUUGUCCGAUUCCUGCUAGGCUUCUUUGAGAGCUGCGUCCAGCCCGCAAUGAUGCUCAUAACUGCAAUGUGGUACAAAAGAGAGGAACAAUCCGUCUUGAACUCGAUUUGGUACUGCAUGACUGGGGUGCAAUUGAUUAUCGGAGGGCUCCUAGCCUUUGGUGUCUCUCACUUCACAGAUGGGCCGAUCCAGAAUUGGCAACUCCUGUUCUUGGUCCUCGGGCUCUUCACCUGCUGUUGGUCCGUCUUCAUUGGCAUCUUCCUUCCCGAUAGCCCUAUGUCCGCCAAGUGUUUUGCCGAAGAUGAGAAACGAUUGAUGAUUGAAAGGGUGCGACAUAACGAGACUGGUAUUGAGAACAAACAGUAUAAGAAGUACCAGGUGAUCGAGGCCAUCACAGAUCCUCUGGUUUGGUGUUGUGUCAUGCUCAUCCUGGUUGCCAACUUGGUCAUCGGUGGCUUAGGGGUAUUCUCCAAUCUUAUCAUUCAACAGUUCGGAUUCUCCCUUCUUCAAACCGAGCUCCUCAACAUUGCUCAGGGUGCCUGGACCAUCCUUGUCAUGAUCGGAUCUGCGUGGGCAUCCCAGCGGUUUCAACAGACGUGUUUGGUUAUGAUCCUAUGUGCAAUCCCAGCAAUUGUUGGCACAAUCGUUAUCAUGGUCGUUACGCCGACUCCGUCAAACGCAGGGGGAAUGCUGAUCGCGUUCUACUGCACGCAAUUCUUCCUUGCUCAAGGCAAUAUGAUCAUCUCGCUAAUCACCCGAAAUAUUGCUGGACAAACUAAGAAAAGUUUUACCAUGACUAUGCUCUUCAUUGGCUGGGCUGUUGGCAACCUGAUCGCGCCCCAGAUCUUCCAAAGCUGGGAUGCUCCUCGUUAUCUGCAUGGCUUCUUGGUGCACAUCGUUAUUUAUGCUGUUUAUGUUGCUCUUGUCAUUCUGACGCGUUUGCUCAUCAUGGCUAGGAACCGUUCAAAGGAAGCAAUCGCGAGUGAAAUAUCUCAUGAUUUGGCUUUUGAAGAUCUCACUGACCGUGAGAAUCCAAAUUUCCGUUAUGUGCACUAG